AUGGGAGAUCCUCGCGAGUCGUCGUCGUACUCGGUCGUACCACGAAUCCGAUACAACACCGUUGGCGGUGUCAAUGGUCCGCUGGUCAUUCUUGAGAAUGUCAAAUACCCGAGAUACAAUGAGAUUGUGUCUUUGACGCUUCCUGAUGGAUCCGUACGAUCUGGUCAAGUUUUGGAGGCUCGAGGUGACCGAGCUGUCGUCCAGGUUUUCGAAGGGACUUCUGGUGUUGAUGUCAAGAAGACUCGAGUCGAAUUUACGGGCGACAGCUUGAAGCUUGGUGUCUCUGAGGACAUGCUUGGUCGUAUUUUCGAUGGUUCCGGACGUGCCAUCGACAAGGGACCCAAGGUUUUGGCUGAGGAGUAUCUCGACAUUAACGGCAGCCCUAUCAAUCCCUACUCUCGAGAAUACCCCGAAGAGAUGAUCUCGACUGGUAUCUCUGCCAUUGAUACAAUGAACUCGAUUGCCCGAGGCCAAAAAAUUCCCAUCUUCUCAGCUUCUGGUCUGCCACACAACGAAAUUGCUGCUCAGAUUUGCCGACAGGCUGGUCUGGUCAAGCAACAUGGUGUCACCAACAAGGGUGUCCACGAUGCUCAUGAAGAAAACUUCUCCAUUGUGUUUGGUGCCAUGGGUGUGAACUUGGAAACCGCUCGAUUCUUUACUCGCGAUUUCGAAGAGAACGGCAGUUUGGAGCGUACUACUCUGUUCCUUAACCUUGCUAACGAUCCUACUAUUGAACGUAUUAUUACCCCUCGUCUUGCCCUUACGACGGCUGAAUACUACGCCUAUCAACUCGAGAAGCACGUCCUCGUCAUCUUGACGGAUUUGUCGGCAUAUUGCGAUGCUCUUCGUGAGGUUUCUGCCGCCAGAGAAGAAGUCCCUGGACGACGUGGUUUCCCUGGUUACAUGUACACUGAUUUGUCCACCAUUUACGAACGUGCCGGCCGUGUCCAGGGACGAAAUGGCUCGAUUACUCAGAUUCCCAUCCUGACUAUGCCCAACGACGACAUUACCCACCCUAUUCCCGACUUGACAGGAUACAUUACGGAGGGCCAGAUCUUCGUUGACCGUCCUUUGCACAACCGUGGUAUUUACCCGCCCAUCAACGUGCUGCCCUCGCUGUCUCGACUGAUGAAGUCUGCCAUUGGUGAGGGCAUGACCCGCCGCGACCACGGCGAUGUGUCCAACCAGCUGUACGCCAAGUAUGCUAUCGGUCGUGAUGCGGCUGCCAUGAAGGCAGUUGUUGGUGAGGAGGCCUUGUCUGCUGAAGAUAAGCUGUCUCUGGAGUUCCUGGAGAAAUUCGAGCGACAGUUCAUCAGCCAGGGAGCUUACGAGUCACGAAGCAUUUUCGAGUCACUGGAUCUUGCGUGGAGCUUGCUCCGUAUCUUCCCCAAGGACUUGCUGAACCGUAUCCCCGCCAAGGUCCUGAACGAGUACUACCAGCGUGCCCAGAAGGAUGCCAAGUCAAAGGGCAAGGCGCGAGCAGAUGCGGCUGUAAAGGACCAGCAACAGACUGAGGAAAACUUGAUUGACGCAUAA